AUGUGCAGUGCUAUAGCACUAACUCCAACAUUUUUGAAAAAAAUGUAUGCAUGUCAUGACACGUUGGAACUCAAUAAAAUGUGCAUAAUAAUUGUGGCUGGUGAGUGUUCCGACAAUGUUCACAUUUGGGCCCCUUUAGUAAUUUCAUCUCAAUAUGCAGCAAAACAUGCAUUAGUUCUUUGUGAUGUAGUCCAAAACAUAAAUAUAAUAACCCAGUGAGAGUAAUGGUCGCCUGAGAACUUGUUAUCAAUUGAAAUAGCUCAUAUUUGAAUGCUUAUUUAAAUAGUGGAACUCUUGAUCCGCUUGGCCCUCAUCGCUGGGCUUCGGAGGCUUAUGUUGGACGUGCCACCGACGUGCUUACUGCUGGUCGUGUUUGCACUGAGGCGGCUGAGACGCUGCAGAUAAGCGCUCGGCCUUAGACGGACAACAAAAUGCGGAAUUUGUUACGGAGGAUAUUCUAGAGUAGGAAGUUUGCUUACAUUUCCCACUUGAACAGAAAAACAGCAUAUUGGAAAAGUCUUGUUUGAGUGUCAAAUGUUGCUUAAGUGCGUUUAUAGUGAUUUAAUUUCAGUGGUACCUUGAGUUUUUCGUGAUAUUAGCGUUCCCUCAGCCAAUUUUUGGUUCAUGGUGGGAAGCAGCGGAACAAUUGUUUCAAAAUAAAAGCAGAGGCCGGGCGCUUGCUUCAAGCUGUUUAUCGCUACUCCUAGUUGACAUCAAACAAAGAGAGUGUUAUGCUAGUAAUUGUGUACGGUGAAUCCCCGCGUGUUCACGGUUUGGCACCUGCGGAUUCAUCUCUUCACAGAUUUGGUUUUCCCUCAUUUUUCCCCCUUUUUUUGUGUGGAAUCAACCCCCCCCCCCAAACGCCUAUUAACGGUUUAUCCCCAAUUAUUCAAGAAUCUUCGGGGUUUAAAAAAAUAUUCUUUCAAUGCAACUAUAAUGGUCGUCAAUUAUCUGCAGAUUUUAGCUAUUCGUGGUCCGAUCCACUGUAUCUAACCAAAACAAAUAACUUUGUCUGCGAUUGGCUGGCGAGCAGUUCAGGGUGUACCCCGCCUCUCGCCCGAAGAUGGCUGGCGUAGGCUCCGGCACGCCCGCGACCCUUGUGAGGAUAAAGCGGUACAGAAAAUGCAUGGAUGGAUGGAUGGAUGGAUGGACAUAACUUUGUCUCACGAAACCUGGCCAACAUUCCUCUGACCCCGGAAACGGCGCGUGACCAGGAGAGGCGAAUCCGCCGCGAGAUCGCCAACAGCAACGAGCGGCGGCGCAUGCAGAGCAUCAACGCCGGCUUCCAGUCGCUGAAGACGCUCAUCCCGCACAGCGACGGCGAGAAGCUCAGCAAGGCCGCCAUCUUGCAGCAAACGGCGGAGUACAUUUUCACGCUGGAGCAGGAGAAGACGCGACUGCUGCAGCAGAACAGCCAACUCAAGCGAAUCAUACAGGAGUUGAGCGGGUCGUCCCCGAAGAGGAGGCGCGCGGAGGACAAGGACGAAGGCAUCGGCUCCCCGGACGUCCCGGAGGAGGAGAAGACGGACGACCUGCGGCGGGAGAUGACCGAGCUCAGGCAGCAGCUGGACAAGGAACGCUCGGUCAGGAUCAUGCUGGAAGACCGGAUGCGCUUACUGGACGCGGAGUUGUACCCGGAAAAAGUGAAGACUUUGAGCCAGCAGAACCUCGUGUGUGUGCAGCAACACAAGCAGCUGGAGAGGGAGCUUACACUUACCCGCAGCCCGCAGGUGUCCGCCCCGGCCACCCCUCCCGCGCCCACGCACCACGCCACCGUCAUCGUCCCCGCGCCCGUCCCCCCGCCGCCGCAGUCCCAUCACGUCACCGUGGUCACCAUGGGCCCGGCGUCCGUCAUCAACACCGUCUCCACAUCCCGACAGAACCUGGACACCAUCGUUCAGGCCAUCCAGCACAUCGAGGGCGGCGGCGGCGAGGAGGAGCAGCGGCGGGCGGUCAUCGUCAGCUCGGGGCGCGUCCUCUCCGGCAGCGACGAACCGGACGACUGCUCGCUGCCAUGAGUUCCUGUCUCACACACACACACACACACACUCACACGCUCGCGUACACCCCCAAACACAAAGGAAGUGGACUUUAAACAGGGCCGGUAGACGCAUUGAAGCACUCUUUUUGUACACACUUACCUACAAUAUAGUACCGUGAUAGGCAGUUUCGUCACGCUUAUAUACAACAACAUCCCCCCCAUGUUUAACUAACACAACAGUUAUUAGAGCAGCUACUUGACUUACUGGUCUUAUAAAUACUCUCGUACUGGAUGUUACUCGUGCAAGCUACGCAUCUUUUUGCUUUGUUUUCCCCUUUCCAUCCACUGCUGAAGCGAAAUUGGCCACCUCCUCGAGACAUGGCGGCCGCUUUUUCGGGAGGCUUCUCGACGUGAUUGUAUCUGGGAGGAGAGAGUGCACUUAAGAGUUUGUCUUUAUGUCUGCCUGUUGCCAUUCUUACUGGGCUGGCUUCCCGGUGCAGCCCCAAAUCACUCGCAUCCCGUGUUUUUACACCCGUGGCCUGACUAUACAACCCCCGUUCCCUUUGAAGGCCUGCAGCCGACUCUGGAAGUCUAUAGCAGCACGUUAGCGCAACCAAAUUCGAAUCACGUUACCGUAUAGAGCAGGCGUCAGCAACUCCAAACCAGUGAGUCACAGCUAACUUUUUGUUGGGUUGCUAUGAUUAUUAUUUUUUUUUUUUUUUUUUAAACACACUCUCAUUGUUGUAAAUUUGGAAAUGACAAUAUUUAAAGGGGGGGGGGGGGGAAAUGGCAUAGUUUCAUUCCAGAAACUGACUAAAACCGAAUCGCAUGAAAUCCAAAGCAAUAUUUCCCAUAGGACGUCAUUUAAAUCCAAUGAAUCGGUUCCAGACAAAUACUGUAAACACAUUACAUACAUAACUAGGUUUACUAACCCGAGGUUCACGUACAAUAACGGUGUGAAAUAAAUCGAAAUGACUAAUAAAGUGGAUGAAUUAACACCACACCUUCCAAAUUUGAAUGAUGACUCGAAAAAGAGGAAAUGCAACUGAACGUCGCUAGAAAAAAAAUGGCUGAUCAGUAUGACCUGAGCGUCACAAUUCGACAGUUCCGCUCCACAGAAAAAAAAAACACAAAUAAUGGAAUUUGUGUAUCUCGAAGCGCAACUAGACGAGCUUCACUGUGUUUGACCCUAAUGUGGAAAGGGCUCGUGUCGGAGGGUCCGCUGCAGUAGCCGCCACGUGAGCAGCUUGUCGUUUUGCAUUUCCGAUGAAGCGUUCAUUCACAGUCUAGCUAAAUCCCCUAGUUUCCAUUUCCCCACUGGGAAAAAACAUUCCACGGGGAAGGAGCACUCUUAUGAUUCCGGGUUGUCCCAAAAGUCUUUUGUUGUUAGCUGUACUGUCACCAAACCACAACCCCCCCCCCCCCCCCCCCCCCCCCCCCCCCACGCUGCACGGGUGGCGCUUUUAUCCUGCUGGACAGAUAAAUACAUCGUUUCAUUGUUGACAUCACAGCCCUUUCCUAGAAAUCAAAGUAUAAUUGGAAAAUUGUACCACUUAAAAAAAUGGUUGUUGAUGAUAUGUUCUUCUCGUUAUGUUUUAUCAGCACUUAUGUGUACUAUACUGGAGCCUAACUCUCCAUAUACAUACAGCCCAUCAACUUUUACAAGCGCUCCGAUGCUGUCUUUUUUUUUUUAUUAUUAUUAUUGUUAUUAUUAUUAUUGUUUUGCUGUCCUUUCUCCCUCCGUCGCUGUCAUCGAGAAGCUAUUUUGUUUUUUGUAAGGGAAACGUUUCGGGGGAUAAUAGAGGCUCGUGCCUUUGUAAAGAAAAAAUAAUAAAGUUUGUACUUUGUUUUGUUUUUUUAAA